GGCAACCCAAAGCCUCCGCUGUUAUGUCCAUGGCUGCGCAGCCGGAUGUGGUCGCUGUUAUGCUGGAGUUCUUGGACCUUCCCACCCAAGCUCGCUGCUGCCGCGCAUCUGCGUAUUUCACCCCACCGCAGACUCUGGCUAGUGUGGAGGACGCAGCGGCCGCAGUGGUGGAACAUUUGGGCUGCCCAACGUGUCCUCUGCUGCAGACUGCGCUGCCGACUCCAUCAUCGGCUUCACCAGCGCGGAAGUUCUUACACGCGGCGCACUUGAUCUGGAACCUUGUCGCUAUCCCACUCCUUCGUCUACAUGAGUGCAUCCUUGAAUGUCCUGGUGUUCUUGGGGAUGUGAUUGUGCGCGUGUACAUACUUGGAUGGCGAAAGCGCUGUCGUUUGACAGAGGCUUGGUGGCGACGCGUGAUUGGGCGCGAUGACCUUCCGCCAAGCCCAGCAGUUCUACAGCGCAUCUUAAGGAAGCGCGGCAUGAAUGAGAACUUUCUGGAAGCGAUCACAGAUCUCAACCACCCGGAUCCCGAUGUCGACUUGGCCACAGCAGUUUUGGGUGAGGGUGCGUGGUCGGUCCACUGGUUUCCUGUUCGUUUUGACGAUGAACCUGAUGAGCUCACUGACUCACACGUGGUUUUGACCUUUGAUGUUCAUGGCGUGUCGGGCCUGAUAUAUUUUCGCGAAGUUGAAAUGGGCAGCAGCGGCUUCACUUGAAGAUUUUGCUAAUUCGUGGGCCUGCUUUGCAAUCAAUUCGCCGUGCAGUUGUGCGAAACAAAGAGCUUGCGCCUCGAAGCGCUGAGCGUGCACAUUUGUCACAAUCAGUUGUUUGACAGCAUGCUUUUUGGUCGGGAAAACCGAGAGCGGCCUUGCUGAGCGAACCCCACACCUCCUAACUUCUGCUGCCAUCCUUGGGCUACCCAAGCAUAUACAGCUAGAUUUGCUUGCUUCAAGCGACAAGCCAUGGCAGGGCGUGAGCUCGCAGGACUUAAGCGCGCAGCGUGACCGGGCGUGCGUUGUCCGCGGCAAAGUCCAGCAGCCCAGCGCCAGCCAUACAUAGAAAGCCAGAAUGCGCGCAAAAGGUAUCCUGGAACCUCUUCACGCAAGCCUGCCCAGCGACAAAGGUCGUCCGCGC